CUCUUCCAUGAUAUGUUGGCAUAACAAUGUUAUUUUUCAAAUUAUUCUGAGUUUGACGUCUCCUCAUACUUUUUUUCUGAGAAAAAAAAAUCAACCCAGCCAAAUUCCUUGUCACAAAUAUUCCAUUUGUCAGCUCAAAAUUUUUGUCACUCGCUCGUAAUCAUUCUAUUUCAUAAUACAAUUAAACUCCAACCAUGGCCAAUCCAAUGCCCACCAUGCCGACCUCUUCUUACGUUCCUGGGGUGAGUUAUUUAAAGCCAAGAAUUCCUGCUGGGGGAUCUUCCGCUAUAAUUGCGGAGGGAUUCCUUGAUCGUUUUCGCUCCGAGAAGGACCGGGUCGUAGCGUACUUCGAAACCCUCAUUUCCAAUGUGGACAAGAACACUCUGGCCGUGGGAGUGAGUUUGGCCACCACUCUUGGAAUCGGCGGAGCUGCUGCCUGGUACUUUCACAGAAAACGGAACGAGCUGAAGCAGGCAGCACAAUCAAAGAACAAGGUGGUGUUCAACAUUGAUGAAACGUCGUCACCAGUAAAAAUUCAGAAAGGGGGGACAAGUCCGGAAGAAGGGGACGCCAAGCAGCCUGGAGUUCUCGUGCUCCAUCAGUGUCCAAGAGGUCGGAGGACCCCAUGCAUCGCUCCAUAUCCUCUCAAGCUGGAAACUUUUCUUCGCGUCAAUGGAAUCAACUAUGAGCAUUCUUCAUCACAGGUGGACUUUACCGGAUCCGAACCUAGAUCGAGAAGCAGCCCGUGGAUCACUUUAGAUCUGGAGGACAUUUCCGACUCUCAAAACUGCUUGGCGUACAUCGUCAACAAGUAUGGGAUGGAACCAGAGAAAGAUUUUGAUGACAAGAAAAGGGCUGUGGCAAGAGCAUACAAUCACUUGUUGGAAAACCAUCUCUACUGGGGCAUAGCUUUAUGGAGAUGGGUUUAUGACGGAGCUCGAUCACUCGGGGACAUUCAAUUGCUGCCAAAAAAGACGCUUGAAGUGAUCCCUGACGUUUGCAGAACUGUUGAACAAGCUGCAUGGUUCCAUGGGCUUGGAAAAAAGACUUCUGACGAUGUCAUUUCUGCCAUCAACGACGACUUGAAAUCUCUUUCGGAAUUUUUGGGUCCCAAUAAUUUCUUUCUUGGUGGAGACAAGGCUACAGAGUUGGACUGCACUGCAUUCGCAAUGCUGAGUCAAAUGCUCUGGAACAUGGAUGGCAGUCCUUUUCAGAAAACCGUGAAAGAAACGUACAAAAAUCUGUCUGACUUUUGUUGGAGAAUGAGGGCUCGCUAUUGGCCAGACUGGGACAACUGCUUGAACAAUACGGAAUUACCCGAAGAUUCUUAAGACAUUGCGCAUCUAAAUAUCUAUGAUGCAUGUACCAUGGUUGGUAGAAAACAAAAUUACCAGUUAUCAAAAUUUAUUGUCAAUUUCGGUUCAUGUAAAAAAUGUAUGAAAUCUCACCUUCGUUCGACAAUAAAACUGGAUGUCUCACAC